CACGCAUCCAGCAAAAAGAAUGAAGAUGACGUGUAAGGGGAUAUAUAUGUAAAAAUUGUUCGAAGACGCUACAUCCGACUGUUUCCCCGGAAAAAUGUAGAACGAAAAGUAAAUUCUUGGUCACUCUCACCGUCGAAUAGAGAUAUGGCUUCGUGGAAUUCAAUUCCGCUGGAAAUCACCUACCAGGUUCUGGGAUGGACUGCUUUCCUGUCGUGGACUUUGUGCUACUACCCGCAACUCAUCUCUAAUUUCCGUAGGAAAAGUGUGGUGGGGUUGAGCUUCGACUUCGUAAUAUUGAACUUGACGAAGCACGCCUCUUAUCUGAUACACAACGCGUCCCUCUACUUUAGCUCCGCUAUUCAGAAGCAAUACUACAAAAAAUACGGCUAUGGACAGAUGAUACCUGUGGCUGCAAAUGAUGUUGCUUUCUCUAUUCACGCGGUUCUUGUGACAUCAAUUAUCUUGCUCCAGAUUGCAAUCUAUGAACGCGGAGGUCAGAAGGUUUCCAAGAUAACCAUUGCAAUCGUAUCCGUCGUAUGGUUGUUUGCUGCUGUUUGUUUUUUCAUAGUUUUGCCAAGCCGUUCCUGGCUUUCGCUAAUCUCCAUCUUUAACUCAAUUCAAGUUUUCAUGACAGUCAUCAAAUAUAUUCCUCAGGUGUUUAUGAACUUUGUGAGAAAGAACACGCAAGGAUUCAGCAUUGGUUACAUUUUGCUGGAUUUUUGUGGAGGGGUGACAAAUUUGAUGCAAAUGGCUGUGCAAUCUAUUGAUCAAAGUUCUUCGGUGAACUUUCGUGGGAACAUGGGAAAAAUGUUGUUAUGCCUGGUGUCCAUAACCUUUGACAUAAUAUUCAUGUGUCAACAUUUUGUGCUCUAUCCUCACAAGGAACCCCAAGUCUCCCCUAAAUCCAUGGAGGAAAGUAUAGAGGCAGAGCCACUUGUUUUAUCUUUUGACAGCCAAUAGUCUGAAUGAAUAUGCAUAAACUUUGCUCUACUCAAUGUAAAAGUCACUUGAAUUUCGUGGGUUUCACUGUUUUUUCUCCCUCGGAAGAAACACAUGAUUUUACAAAUAAUGAAAUGAAUAAGAUAGAAUAGCUUGUGCCGUUAUGUGGAAUAAAAAAGGUGUAUGAAUUUUUCUAA